AUGGAACUGCGUGUACACAUUAUUCUAUUAAUCAUCAUAAUUGUUAACUAUUCAACGAAUUCUGCAGCCUUUGCCGUUCUUAAAAGAUUAGAUACGAAAACGACAUCUGCAGUCUCAGAUAUCG